CCCCCUCUUAAAACCUCAUAAUCUGUGCUCACAUCUUUUUUCCAACCAUUGGCUUGAGGUGAAAGGGUGCCUAUUUCCUUCUUCUUUAACAUUUUUGUGAUCAGGAAAUUAGCUGCACAGAGAAAGCUGAUUCGUCGAGGAUGGCACCUCACCUAUUUCUUCUCCUUUUAGCAGGACUUAUUGGAACAACUUUUGCUGAAAAUGACACAACAGUUAACACACCAUCAGCUUACACAGCUGCAUCCAUACUCAACACGUCAAACAGCACAGAUUCACCUGUCACUACAGCUUCAGAACCAGGUUUCAUAACUUCACUGGUAAACACAGUGUCAGAAUCUACUGAAAGAACCAUAUUACCAGCCAGCACAGUUCCAGAACCAGCCAUCAUAACUACGUUACCAUCCAUCAUAGUGCCAGAACCACCUGAUCCAUCUACAUUACCAGACAACACAGUGUCAGAACCAACUGAAGCAAUGACAUUAUCAACCAUCUCGGAAUCAGAACCAAACAGAGAUACCACACUAUCAGCCAUCAUAGUACAAGAACAAACUGAUCAAACGACAUUACCAGCCAAGAUGGAAUCAGAACAACCAGAAGCAACUGCAAUACCAGCCAUCACAAAGUCAGAACCACCAGAAGCAACUACAUUACCAGCCAUCACAGAGUCAGAACCACCAGAAGGAACAACAAUACUGGCCAUCACGGAAUCAGAACCACCAGAAGGAACAACAAUGCCGGCCAUCACGGAAUCAGAACCACCAGAAGCAACUACAAUACCGGCCAUCACGGAGUCAGAACCACCAAAAGCCACUACAUUACCGGCCAUCACAGAGUCAGAACCACCAGAGGAAACUACAUUUCUAGCUAUCACGGAGUCAGAACCACCAGAAGCAACAACAUUACCGGCCAACACGGAAUCAGAACCACCAGAAGCAACUACAUUACCGGCCAUCACUGAGUCAGAACCACCAGAGGAAACUACAUUUCCAGCUAUCACGGAGUCAGAACCACCAGAAGCAACAACAUUACCGGCCAACACGGAAUCAGAACCACCAGAAGCAACUACAUUACCAGCCAUAACGGAGACAGAACCACCAGAGGAAACUACAUUUCCAGCUAUCACGGAGUCAGAACCACCACAAGCAACAACAUUACCGGCCAACACGGAAUCAGAACCACCAGAAGCAACUACAUUACCAGCCAUAACGGAGACAGAACCACCAGAGGAAACUACAUUUCCAGCUAUCACGGAGUCAGAACCACCAGAAGCAACAACAUUACCGGCCAACACAGAGUCAGAACCACCAGAAGCAACAACAUUACCGGCCAUCACGGAAUCAGAACUACCAGAAGCAACUACAAUACCGGCCAUCACGGAGUCAGAACCACCAGAAGCAACUACAAUACCGGCAAUUACGGAAUCAGAACCACCAGAAGCAACUACGAUACCGGCCAUCACGGAGUCAGAACCACCAGAAGCAACUACAUUACCGGCCAUCACAGAGUCAGAACCACCAGAAGCAACUACAUUACCGGCCAUCACGGAGUCAGAACCACCAGAAGCCACUACAUUACCAGCCAUCACGGAGUCAGAACCACCAGAAGCAACAACAAUACCAGCCAUCACGGAGUCAGAACCACCAGAAGCAACUACAAUACCAGCCAUCACGGAGUCAGAAACACCAGAAGCAACUACAAUACCGGCCAUCACAGAGUCAGAACCACCAGAAGCAACUACAAUACCGGCCAUCACUGAGUCAGAACCACCAGAAGCAACUACAAUACCAGCCAUCACAGAGUCUGUACCACCAGAAGAAACUACAAUACCGGCCAUCACGGAGUCAGAACCACCAGAAGCAACUACAAUACCGGCCAUCACUGAGUCAGAACCACCAGAAGCAACUACAAUACCAGCCAUCACAGAGUCUGUACCACCAGAAGAAACUACAAUACCGGCCAUCACAGAGUCAGUGCCACCAGAAGCAACUACAAUACCGGCCAUCACCGAGUCAGAACCACCAGAAGCAACUACAAUACCGGCCAUCACAGAGUCUGUACCACCAGAAGAAACUACAAUACCGGCCAUCACAGAGUCAGAACCACCAGAAGCAACUACAAUACCGGCCAUCACAGAGUCUGUACCACCAGAAGCAACUACAAUACCGGCCAUCACCGAGUCAGAACCACCAGAAGCUACUACAAUACCGGCCAUUACCGAGUCAGAACCACCAGAAGCAACUACAAUACCAGCCAUCACAGAGUCUGUACCACCAGAAGAAACUACAAUACCGGCCAUCACAGAGUCAGUACCACCAGAAGCAACUACAAUUCCGGCCAUCACGGAGUCUUUACAACCAGAAGAAACUACAAUACCGGCCAUCACAGAGUCUGUACCACCAGAAGCAACUACAAUACCGGCCAUCACAGAGUCAGAACCACCAGAAGCAACUACAAUUCCAGCCAUCACGGAGUCAGUGCCACCAGAAGCAACUACAAUACCGGCCAUCACAGAGUCAGUACCACCAGAAGCAACUACAAUUCCGGCCAUCACGGAGUCAGUGCCACCAGAAGCAACUACAUUACCAGCCAUCACGGAGUCAGAACCACCAGAAGCUACUACAAUACCGGCCAUCACGGAGUCAGUGCCACCAGAAGCAAGUACAAUUUCAGCCAUCACGGAGUCAGUGCCACCAGAAGCUACUACAAUACCGGCCAUCACAGAGUCAGUACCACCUGAAGCAACUACAAUUUCAGCCAUCACGGAGUCAGUACCACCAGAAGCAACUACAAUUUCAGCCAUCACGGAGUCCGUACCACCAGAAGCAACUACAAUUCCGGCCAUCACUGAGUCAGUGCCACCAGAAGCAACUACAUUACCAGCCAUCACGGAGUCAGUACCACCAGAAGCAACUACAAUUUCAGCCAUCACGGAGUCAGUGCCACCAGAAGCAACUACAAUACCAGCCAUCACUGAGUCAGUGCCGCCAGAAGUAACUACAAUAUCGGCCAUCACAGAGUCAGUACGACCAGAAGCAACUACAAUUUCAGCCAUCACGGAGUCAGUGCCACCAGAAGCAACUACAAUACCAGCCAUCACGGAGUCAGUGCCACCAGAAGCAACUACAAUACCAGCCAUCACUGAGUCAGUGCCGCCAGAAGUAACUACAAUAUCGGCCAUCACAGAGUCAGUACGACCAGAAGCAACUACAAUACCAGCCAUCACUGAGUCAGUGCCGCCAGAAGCCACUACAAUACCGGCCAUCACAGAGUCAGUACGACCAGCAGCAACUACAUUACCAGCCAUCACUGAGUCAGUACCUCCAAAAGCAACUACAAUACCAAUCAUUUCUAAGUCAGUACCACCUGAAGCAACUACAAUACUGGUCAUCUCUGAGUCAGUACCACCAGAAGAAACUACAAUACCUGCCAUCACGGAGUCAGUACCUCCAAAAGCAACUACAAUACUGGCAAUCUCUGAGUCGGUACCACCAGAAGCGAGUACAAAUCCAGCCAUCACAGAGUCAGAACCAACUGUAGCAACUACCUUACCAACCAGCAUGAUGCCUCAAACAGCUAAUGCAACCUUAUCACCCAGCACAGUCUCAGAACCAGCUGUAACAACUUCAGAAGCCAACACAUCAUUGCACACAGCAAUUUCAUCACAAGAAUCACUAAAUGCUUCAACUGCUCCUUCUACAUCAGUCACUUUGAUUACUUCACCAGCAGCUGAAAUGACAUCAACUUCAAUCCUUACUUCAUCUUCACUCAUUUUGACUCCACCCACAACAAAUGGAACAUCUCCACCAGUUCAUGCUACAUCACCAGCAACAAAUGCAACCCCACCACCAGUUCCUCCCACAUCGCCAGAAACAAAUGCAACUUCACUACCAGUUCCUGCAACAUCACCAGAAACAAAUGUAACACCACCACUUGUUCCUGCAACAUCACCAGCAACAAAUGCAACCCCACCACCAAUUCAUCCCACAUCACCAGAAACACAUGCAACUUCACCACCAGUUCCUACAACAUCACCAGUAACAAACGUAACACCACCACUUGUUCCUGCAAUAUCACCAGAAACAAAUGCAACUUCACCACCAGUUCCUGCAACAUCACCAACAAAUGUAACACCACCACAAGUUCUUCCCACAUUACCAGAAACAAAUGCAACCCCACCGCUUGUUCCUGUCACAUCACUAGUAACAAAUGUAACCCCACCAUCAGUUUCUCCAACAUCACCAGUAACAAAUGUAACACCGCCACCAGUUCCUGCAACAUCACCAGAAACAAAUGUAACCCCACCACCUGUUCCUCCCACAUUACCAGCAUCAAAUGUAACAACAGUUCCUGCAACCUCACCAGUGACAAAUGUCACCCCGCCACCUGUUCCUCCCACAUUACCAGCAACAAAUGUAACAACAGUUCCUGCAACCUCACCAGUGACAAAUGUAACCCUGCCAACUGUUCCUGGCACAUCACCUGUAACAGAUGUCACCCCGCCACCUGUUCCUCCCACAUUAACAGCAACAAAUGUGACAACAGUUCCUGCAACCUCACCAGUGACAAAUGUAACCCCGCCACCUGUUCCUCCCACAUUACCAGCAACAAAUGUAACAACAGUUCCUGCAACCUCACCAGUGACAAAUGUAACCCUGCCAACUGUUCCUGGCACAUCACCUGUAACAGAUGUCACCCCGCCACCUGUUCCUCCCACAUUACCAGCAACAAAUGUGACAACAGUUCCUGCAACCUCACCAGUGACAAAUGUAACCCUGCCAACUGUUCCUGGCACAUCACCUGUAACAGAUGUCACCCCGCCACCUGUUCCUCCCACAUUACCAGCAACAAAUGUAACAACAGUUCCUGCAACCUCACCAGUGACAAAUGUAACCCUGCCAACUGUUCCUGGCACAUCACCUGUAACAGAUGUCACCCCGCCACCUGUUCCUCCCACAUUACCAGCAACAAAUGUGACAACAGUUCCUGCAACCUCACCAGUGACAAAUGUAACCCCGCCACCUGUUCCUCCCACAUUACCAGCAACAAAUGUAACAACAGUUCCUGCAACCUCACCAGUGACAAAUGUAACCCUGCCAACUGUUCCUGGCACAUCACCUGUAACAGAUGUCACCCCGCCACCUGUUCCUCCCACAUUACCAGCAACAAAUGUGACAACAGUUCCUGCAACCUCACCAGUGACAAAUGUAACCCCGCCACCUGUUCCUCCCACAUUACCAGCAACAAAUGUGACAACAGUUCCUGCAACCUCACCAGUGACAAAUGUAACCCCGCCACCUGUUCCUCCCACAUUACCAGCAACAAAUGUGACAACAGUUCCUGCAACCUCACCAGUGACAAAUGUAACCCCGCCAACUGUUCCUGGCACAUCACCAGCAACAAAUGUGACAACAGUUCCUGCAACCUCACCAGUGACAAAUGUCACCCCGCCACCUGUUCCUGGCACAUCACCUGUAACAAAUGUCACCCCGCCACCUGUUCCUGGCACAUCACCAGCAACAAAUGUGACAACAGUUCCUGCAACCUCACCAGUGACAAAUGUGACCCCGCCACUUGUUCCUCCCACAUUACCAGCAACAAAUGUUACAACGGUUCCUGCAACCUCACCAGUGACAAAUGUAACCUCGCCACCUGUUCUUCCCACAUUACUAGCAACAAAUGUAACAACAGUUCCUGCAACCUCACCAGUGACAAAUGUAACGCUGCCACCUGUUCCUGGCACAUUACCAGUAACAAACAUAACACCACCACCUGUUCCUGGCACAUUACCAGCAACAAAUGUAACAACAGUUCCUGCAACCUCACCAGUGACAAGUGUAACCCUGCCACCUGUUCUUGGCACAUCACCUGUAACAAGUGUAACCCUGCCACCUGUUCCUGGCACAUCACCUGUAACAAAUGUAACCCCGCCACCUGUUCCUCCCACAUUACCAGCAACAAAUAUAACAACAGUUCCUGCAACCUCACCAGUGACAAAUGUAACCCCGCCACCUGUUCCUCCCACAUCACCUGUAACAAAUGCAACACCACUUCCACCCUUUGUAACAUCACCAGCUACAACAAUGGCACCAACUCAAGUUACCAGUGUUACAACCACUACAACUGCAACCACAACACCAAACAUAGAGCCUCCUAAAACUGGUGAAAGAACACUGAUUCUUAUAUUUAAACUCAACGAUGAUUUUAUACCAGAAUAUUCUGAUCACAACUCAAAAGCUUUUAAAGAAUUUUCUACAAUAGUGAUCAUUCAGGUAAACAGAAUGUGUUUCAUAGCCUUUGGAAACAUUUUCCUCAGAUCUCUUGUUAUUGAACUCAGGAAAGGCUCUGUGAUCCCAGAAAUGUCUCUUGUUUUCACAAAUAGUAGUGAAACACCAUCAGCAGCCAAUGCAACCGCAAAACUUGCCACUCUUCUUACCAGCAAUAAUACAGGCCUGAACAUUUCAGCAGGCAGUGUUGUUGCAAUGCCAGCUACUACACCUGCUCCAGAUACUACUGUAGUAACCAACGUAACAGCGGCAACUACACCAGCUGUGGUUACCAGUUCAACAACUGCAGUAACCAACGUAACAGCAGCUACAAAACCAACACCAGCUGUGGUUACCAGUUCAACAACUGCACUAACCAAUGUAACAGCAGCUACAAUACCACCACCAGCUGUGGUUACCAGUUCAACAACUGCAGUAACCAACGUAACAGCAGCUACAAUACCAACACCAGCUGUGGUUACCAGUUCAACAACUGCAGUAACCAACGUAACAGCAGCUACAAAACCAACACCAGCUGUGGUUACCAGUUCAACAACUGCAGUAACCAACGUAACAGCAGCUACAAAACCAACACCAGCUGUGGUUACCAGUUCAACAACUGCAGUUACCAAAGCAACAAUAGCCACAACUGUGACCACAUCUACCACUACAACUGCAGCUACUACAGCUACUACAACAUCCACCACCACAGCAGUGACGGCUCCUCCUACGGCCACUGAAGGAUCCAUUGGUCUAGGAUUUCGCAUGGAAAGAACAUUUGCAUUAGAGCUUAGCGACAGUACAACAACAGCUUUCAAUUUGCUGUCUGGAGAAGUAACCGGAGAGGUUAACAAAGUGUGCCAGAACCUCUAUACACCAUUUUAUCGUCGCUCCCGCGUUAAUAAAUUCACGAGUGGAUCUAUUGCUGUCAACAUGACUCUAAUCUUCACAAACUCUUCUUCAGUGCCUCCACUGGCCUAUGCUAAGGCACAGUUGGCCAGGGCACUUAACGAUACUAGUCUGAAUGUUAUACCAGGCAGCGUAUAUGUGGAGUCAUCAGGAAGCAGGCUUCCUCGACCCAAAAUGAGUACACUGACAAUCUUCUCCUUCACAAUUCUGGCCUUGUCCCAGUUUUUGAACCGCUCAUAGUACCCAGGACAGCUACUCUGUGAUCUGUUUGAACAUGAUCACAAACAAAUGAAAUGACAAUGACAUUUACCAAAUAUUCUUGGUAAAAAGAUGUGUCCUGCAUGUCAAUGAUUGAGACUUAUAGAGUUUUUCCUAAAAUUGAUAAUAUAUUUUAAUUAAUGUACUAAUCAAAAGAACUAUAGUUAAAGAAAAACUGCCUAGGAUUUUCAUUUAUUUAUUUUUGAAAUUGCUUAUUAUAAAAUAUUUUAAAAAACUAUAGGAAGAGUAAUAUACAAGUCAAAUGUUUCUUCUUUCUCAGGAAGAUUAUCAAAUAUUAUCCAACUGUAUUGUAAAAAAAAAGUUUAAUGUUGGUUAUAAUACGGUGUAUCAAAACAACUGGAUAAAUAAUCUUGAUGAUGGAGGUGAUUCCUUUUUAAUUUAAAGAAUAACCAACCCUGUUUGCAGCUUUUUAGGUAAAUCUCUGUGCGAGAGCUGAAUUAGUGUUCCGUUGGAAAAGCAAUACCUUUUUUUGGUUGUUGUUGCCUUUCUCAGCUGCUUUUUAGACAAUUGCUCAACAUCAAGUGAAUGACAUGGGCUGUGCACUGACUUUGAAUGAGCUAUUGGAAAUAAGUUUACUCUGUUUUCAAAAAACAUUAAUAAAUAUUUGCUCAGCAGAUUUAAAUGUCUUUUUCAGUUGUUCAUAAGAAAUCAGAAUGCUAAAAAUUGCAUUGGUUUUCAAUAAAAUAAUUCAACUCUUUCUCUUGAAGACCCAAGUUGGAUUUUUAACUUGACCCCUACCCAUAUGAAUUUAAAAUUACAUGUCAAACACAUAAAACACACAACAAAAACCCACGUCCAGGUAGGCUGAUCAAGCUUAUAUAUGCAGAUGGUUCAGAUCUUCUUGUUGGGGGGUAACAAGAGAGAGAAAGGAAUAAAAGAUCUAAUCCAACUGGACCAACCAGCUUUCAUUUCAAAGUAGCAACUUGAUAUAUAACAACUUUUCAUGGGUGAUUAUGAAAAACUGCCUUUCUUGGCCACACAAAUGAAAUGAUAAAAAACAGAGAUGUGGUUGUAUGAAAUAAGGUCAGAUAUUCCACGAGACAGGUGGAACAAAGAGGUUUGGUGACACUCAUAAAUGUCUUCUGUUGAUUUUACUUUAAAAAAUCUAACAAAAUAGCUUAUUGUAUGAAUUUGACCACAUAGCAGAGACAUACAAACAUUAUGAUUGGUGUGAUGGUAUAAGUGCAAUAUGAAUAAACACCAGCAGAGGGCCACCUUGUUUUAAGGACAACUAGUGCUCGCUACUUAAAUUAAUCAUUAUUAAUUGUUUCCCUCAGUUUUACAGUUAUUUUAUUUAUCAUGUAUCAUCAAUGUUUUAAAGUUAGUAAUAGCCUAAUGUAUUAUUAAUUAUUAAUGUCACUUGUAGUAGUAUUUGGUUUGUUUCUCUGUUCCUCUUCUUUGUAAAGUGUCUCUCUGCAAAUAAAGCCUGACUGAGUUUAACUCUUA